UUCAGUGUCAGAGGCAGGGCUGAGUCAGCCCGCAGGAAUUAGGAAGUGUGUGUUUACGCCUGAUUCAACGCUACAUACGACAGCGAGCAGGAACAGAAAUGUCAGCAUCUGCUACACAGUCAGAGCUGAGGCUGGUGGUGCUGGGCCGGAGUGGGGCAGGGAAGAAGACUGCAAUAUGCAAAAUCCUCGGCCUGCAAGACUACCAGCAGGACACAGAUGAUGAUGCUGUCCAGGAGUGCAGCAAACACAGAGGGGAAGUCGCGGGCAGACAGGUGGUGAUAGUCUCUAGUCCAGCCUGGUACGGUUCAAGUUGUAACUCAGAGGAAAGAAGAAAUUACAUUUCUUCCUUCAUUGCCUCAUCCAGCCCUGGACCACACGCCUUUCUGCUCUGUGUCCCAGCAAACCAGCCGGCUGAUGAAGAGGCCAAGGCACUGGAUGUCCUGAAGAAGCUCUUUGGUUCCUCUGCUGUAAGCAGAAAUACCAUCAUACUCUUCACCCACACAGAUGUGCUGGAUGAGGACGAGCAGCUGGAAGAAUACCUCGUCACAUGGCGAAAGGACCUAAUGGAGCUGGUGGAGAGAUGUGGAGAGCGCUACCACACCCUGGAAGCCCGCAGUGGAGAACAAGAUGGAAGGACAUCGGUGGAGGAGCUGCUGGAGAAAGUCGAGCAGGCAGUUAUGAAGAGUGGGGGUUUACAUUUUAGCUGCCCUCUGUACCAGGAGGCUGAGGAAAGGGUGAGAGAGAGGCAGGCAGAGAUAGUGAGACAAAGAAGAGAGGAGCUGAAUGACCAGGUGUCUCCCACAGACUCCCAACUGGAGAAUGAGGAAGAAUUGGAAGAGGUCCGGGAAGAAGCAGAGAGGAGCAUAGGUGACCUGAAUGUGGAUGUAGAUAGCAUUUUUCCCUCUACUGAUGUUUCACCUUCCACCUCUGCUCCGUCUUUCCUCGGGGGCUUGUGGGAAAAGCUGACUGGGUGGAUUAGGUGGCUGUCCUCUCUGGUGAGAAGGGAGUCGCUGCUGGGGUCACUGGUCGGCCUGUUCGUGGGAGGGACGUAUGGAGGUAUGGUUGGGGCCACUGUGGGGUCUGUGGCUACUGAAGUGGGGCGAAGAAAAACAGAGAAAACUAAAUGAGAAGCAAUCUCAUGUUUAAGUUGCACCUUAAAGCCACUCUACUGUGUUCCACAAACCACUGUAUUACUGGGCUGUGGGCUUACCCACUAACACAAAAUAGCAUGUUUCCCUGAUUACAAAUAAUGCUUUAUAGAUCAGUUUUAACCCAUAAAUAAGGACAAUUUAGGGUUUGCUGGAUUUGAAAAAUCUUUUGGCUGGUAUGUUCUCAAAUGUAACUGCCGCUGUCUUUUUUGCUAGCUUAGUAUUCAAUAUUGUCGGCAUGACUCAGAUCUUUGCCUCUUUCUGUACUUCAAGUACAUGAAGACGCCAUCUCGUCUGUAAACAAACCACUGAGUGGUAGCGAAAACUUGUCUUCCAUGCAAACUGUUUUAUUUGAGGGGUGGCUGGUUCUGUCCAACUUGCCUUUCCUUUUAGCUCUAUUUUUGAUCUCCAUCAGCUUCUGAGGAAAAUAUCAAACUUUUAAGCUGCUGUGUUCACAAGCUAGUUUCUGACUUUGCUGUGUUCGUUUGUGUUUUCCCCUCCCUUUCCCCUCCCUUCCUCUGUCAAUGAAAAAAGUCAGCGAAAACGUAAAAAUCAACAAGCUUAAAAGAGUUGACAUAGAAUGCAGAGCUAGCGCUACACUAGCUCGUCAAACUAACUGCAUCUAAACCCAUUACUGUGAAAAUUUUGAAUAUCCUUUUAACUUUCCUAUAAAAAGGAUAUCAUACAACAGCCAAAUCGAUUAUUCAUAACCUUGCAAGCAGCUCGUCCUUAUGAGUGGACUAUUACUGAUCUCUAAAGAAAUUAUUUAUCAUUAAGUAACAACUCCUGAACCUGUUUUAUGCUUUUCAGAGAGGGCACAGGGAAGGCUUGAAACACUUUUGUUAGGAGGCAAUACCAAGAAGAAUCCACAAGGUGGUGACAUUGACCUUUAUAUAGAAGUUUGAAGUUUUCUGAGGUGAACUGAAAGAUAAUCAUUUACUGCCUACCAAGCAAAUAAAAGCUGCUGUUUUAAGUACA